CGUGAAAUGAGUAAGAAAAUGUUGUUCUAUUAUAUUUAACUUCUAUCAACCGUUUUUCUUUAUUUUAAGAUAGUGGAAUUAAUAAAGCACGUCGUGCUACUACACCUAUAAUUCCAACGACUCAAUUAUUUGAUAUUCCUGAACCUUUUACGAAAACAUUACACGAUGAUGACUUUUUAAUUGUUGAUAAAAUGAUUACAAGACGACAGCGAAUACUUUUAUUUGCAUCACGUGAACAAUUGAAAAUGCUUUUAGGUGCCGAUACAAUAUUAAUGGAUGGAACAUUUUCAACUUGGCCAAGAGUUAAAAUCAAUAGCUAUGCAGAUGCAAUAAUGAGUGACUUUGAACCUGCUUUAAUCACCGUAAUUGCAGCUGAAUUUGUUGGAGCAACGCAUUCAUCUUGCUAUUUUCAUUUUACGCAAGCUGUCUAUCGAGCUAUACAACGAGUCGGGUUAUCUACAAGUUAUAAUAAUGACAAUGAUAUUAAACAUUCUUGUCGAAAGUUGAUGGCCCUUGCUUUACUUCCUGAACCAAUCAUUGAAGACACUUAUGAUGAAUUAUUAGCAGCAAUGUCAAUCGAAAUAAAAAAUAAACUAAAUGAUUUGUUACAGUUCCUAUGUCUCAAUGGUGUGUGCAUGGUUUUAGUAUGA